GGAAGGAGGAGGAGGAGCAUGAAGAUUAUGGAGCUGUUUUGCUUCUGACCAGGAAGGAACUCUGACUUUAAAUGCAACAUGAACCUUUUCUUCACUCCAUGCAAGAAUCUGAGGAAUUACUGGCCUAAUCUCAUACUUCUGCGCUCCUCUUAGGUUUGGUAUGUGUUGUUAAAUUCUAACAGCUUAGCAAUGCUAAAGUCUCUGAGGUCUAGGCUGCUGAAAUACUUAGUGUUAGGUUCAACUAUCUUGGUUUCACUUCUAAUUUGCCUUCUUUGGAAUAGUAGCGUGUCAGGGUUGCCUUCUAGGAGCUUAGCACCUCUAAAAGAUGAGCUUUACAAGGUCAUCUCACCAUCCACGUACAGAUACAUCCUCAACCAGCCCAAACUGUGUGAAAGGAGAAAUCCUUUUGUGGUGUUUAUGAUACCAGUGACAGGAGAAGACAGCAAGUCCAGGUCAGCUAUUAGGAAGACCUGGGGUCAAGACAAUUUACUCCCAAAUGUGGACAUUGCCAGGUUGUUUUUCACUGGACAGCCAAGUGAACCCAAUACAAAUCUUGAGAAACAUCUUCAAAAGGAGAGUAAAGCCUAUGGAGAUAUCAUCCAAAUGGACUUUCUGGAUACUUACCGCAAUCUCACCAUCAAAACUAUGAUGAUCAUGAACUGGCUGGCUACUUACUGCCCUUCAGCCCAAUAUGCCAUGAAGGUUGACGCCGACAUCUUCGUCAAUGUGCCUUAUCUCGUGCACCACCUCCAAAACCAGGCUUCCCAUCAGGACUAUAUCACAGGGUCAGUCAUUAACGAUGGUCACCCUCGCAGGAAUCCACACAGCAAGUGGUUCCUGUCUGAGGAAGUAUAUCCAGAGAGCUUAUUCCCACCCUAUGUGUCUGGAGCUGGUUAUGUGUUUUCUAUUGACCUGGCUAAAAAAAUAUCAAGGGCUUCUAGAUUUGUGCGCCCCAUUGACAUGGAGGAUGUUUAUGUGGGUUUGUGCCUCCAUUACUUAAAUGUCCGCCCAGUCUUCUCUCGGACACUUUUACCUUACAAGAACUUGUUUGAGAUCCGUCGCCUGGAGUACGACAAAUGCACCUUUGCACAGAGAAUCAUCAUCACGGGCUUUACGCCGAGCCAACUGCUGAACAUCUGGCAUGACUUUCAGAGUGCUGGUUUGUCGUGUUGAUGCUACAAUACAGCUGCUCCUAACAGACUGGUUUGGAUGGGAAAAGGAGACUAGAACACUGGAAACUUGUACAAUGUUGUAGCUCAGGCUAACUGACCAUUGAAUGUUUGACCAGAUGAAUAAUGUAUUAAUAAUAAUUAAUGAUAGAUUAAUAAUGCCUUUGUGCCUUAUCAAAAGAAGAAGAAAUGUCCAUAUUGAAAUGGUUUGUCUUUAAGCCUUGGGAAUAUGUUCAGUAUGCAGUAUGCAGUUACACAAAACAUUUUAGGUGUCCAUAUAGUCAAAUGAUGCAUUUAGUUGAUCAUCUAUGUGAAAAUCGUUGAUACAUCCUCUACAGAGAACAAAAAUAAAUAAAAAAAUAUAAAAUGUG